AUGCCCACAGCAGUUUCCCCGGAGGUGGUGGCUGAGGCUGUGGAACCUCUUAAAAUGGGGACGUCUGUCCUAGCUCCCUGCAAGGUGGUAGCGCCCAAUCACCCUCACCUAGCCAGUGUACCCAUGCCUGGUCCUGAACCGGCCACGGAGGCCGUUUAUGAACUCUCACCCUGUCCUGUCCCAGCCAUGUUUGGACUCUCUGCUCCCCCUAUCACGGCCAUGAAGGCCGCCAACGGACUCUUGGCCCCUCCUGUCAUGGCCACGAAGGCUGCCAACAAAUUCUCUGCCUGGGAGCGCAUUGCAGUGGAGUACUUGUUGGCCCAGUCCAAUAGAGGUGACCAGUUGAUUGCACACCAGAAUGACAUGCCUGAAGUCCCCCCAGAGGAGCCCGAAGAUGAUAGUGAAAUUGACACAACUGUGUGCCAUGCAGCUGACCUUAGAGCUGAUGACUCUAACCCCCCAGCAGCUAUUGUGGAGGUCCAGGUGACCAAUCAGGUGGGUGACACUGGACCCAAAUCCCCUGAUGAGGAGGCCACUGAGGAAGAGGAGAAUGACACUGCAAAUUCUAGCACAUCAGGCCAGGGUUCACAGUGUGAUUCCAGAGGUGUCUUGGGCUGGGAGGCAGUUGAUGCCCUGGCAGCCUACCUGGUUGGCCUAAACCGAACGAUCACUGCCUUGUCAGCACAAGAGGAGGCCGACAUAGUCCAGCUGUACAUGGCUCUGCAUGACAUGGACAAGGUACCAUCAAAAUAUAGCCAGAGGGUUAAGAAGAAGACUUUGCCAGGACCUUGGAGAGCAUCCAGGAAGCGGAGUGGCUCUGCUCCAGGACAGCAGGCAGCAGAGAGACUCUUCAUGACUCAUGGGCAGGCGGCUCAGGACCCUGAAGUCCACAGGGUCUGUGAAUGUGUUUGUCUACGGCUUUUGAAAGAGUUUCAGCAAGCACGGAACAGGCCCAAGGACACACAAGGGAAAACUCUGCCAAUUCCACAAUCUAUUGUGGCGGUAUACAGCCACUUAAAACAGCUGCUGGAGGACAGCAGAGCGGUUCUAGGACAGACUAACCUGGUUCUGGUCCCAAUAAACACCACUACAGUCUCCUCAUGGCUACUAAGAAGACAGAAACGUGUGGACAGGGACACGCUGCUACAGGGUACUGCACUGCCCAAACAAAUAUAUUUGGCAAAGGAGUCACUUCCUGAAGUCCGCAAACUUCCAGCUGCUCCUGAACAGCAUGGGCAUGAGGCCAUGGUAUUUGAGGAGCCAGAAAAUCAGGAGGGAGAGGCCUUCAUUCGUAAGCGUAUCUCCAACAGGUGCCCACUGCCCACCCCUCCUCCUGGAUCUUACUCUGCACUUCCCAUAUACCCACCAGCACCACACUUUGCAAUCCCCAAUGGGCCCUACCCACCCUUUCCCAGCUACCCACCUUGUCUACCAGUGCCUCAGUCUACCCAGUUUCAGCCCCCUUCCCAAUUCCAGCCCCCUUCCUUUCAGUUCCAUCCCCCUCCCCAGUUCCAUCCCCCUCCCCAGUUCCAUCCCCCUCCCCAAUUCCAGCCCCCUCCCCCUCCCCAAUUCCAGCCCCCUCCCCAAUUCCAGCCACCUGAUAACCUGCCACCACAAACUUGUCCCUCUACUCAGCCCAGGCAGCGCACAUGGAGAAGGCAGAAAGCUGCCCAAGAGGAUGAGGAGCGAGUGGCUAGGGGUGAACCACCACGGAAACGACUAGCAAAGGAUAUAUAUCACUAUAUCUUUGUAGAAGUCCAAGAGUCCAGAGGAAGAGCCACACCACAUCAAAUCCACAUAAGAGGGAAGGAGAGUCAGAUUCAGCAUGUGAACGGUAGACCAGACAAUGAGCAAGUGGCAGAGUGUCCUAUUUAUAGGGCGUGGCUCAACGAGGAACAGGUGAUGCAAGUUAGAACUCGGGUGAGGCAGAUCGAGUGGGUGGUGCUACCGGAGGUGUGGCAGAUGAAGGUGGCUGUGGUGAAUGCCUGA